AUGUCUGCGCCAGCGAUGAACCUUAUGCGCGUUUACCAGCAGUCCUUUGACCAUAGACCUUACGCAACGCUCUCGGUCACCAACGGGAUCCUGAACUCCGUAGGGGAUGCAGUAGCACAGUUGGCGACGCAGGUAGUGACAGGCAGGCGUUCGGAAGAGUCGAUGCGUUAUGAUUUCGCGCGUACGGCGCGCUUCUUCGUUUUCGGUUUUGCCAUGGGACCGCUCAUUGGCAAGUGGAACACCAUCCUAGAACGUCGUUUCCCCCUCCGAGCCAUCAUGCCUAACGACUCCGGCGGCAAGGCAGGCGCAGUCAGCAUCAAGGCCCUAGGAAAGCGUGUUGCCGCCGACCAAAUUAUCAUGGCUCCCAUCGGUCUGACCGCCUUUAUUGGCUCGAUGGGCAUCAUGGAAGGCCGGAACUUCGCGCAAAUCAAGGACAAAUACAAGGAUAUGUUUGGACCUGCCGUCAUCGCCAACUGGCAGGUUUGGCCGCUUGCCCAGCUCGUCAACUUCCGCUUCAUGCCCUUGCCCUAUCGCGUCCCCUUCCAGUCCACUUGCGGCAUCUUCUGGACGCUGUAUCUUUCAAUCUUGAACGCUAAGUAA